UCUUUUUAAAAACGUUGCCGUAUAACAGCUGAUUUAAUACCGGCCUUGAUAUUUUUAGUGGCAGCCGCCGCGUCAUUAUUAAUAUUUGUCGGCGCAGUUCUCAAUUUGACGGCUUUAGUUGAUAAUGUUUUAUUUUGUAUUGUUUAUUGCCCGGUUGGAUUAAUAAUUUAAACAUAAAAUUUAAAUUUUAACAAAAUUCUUGUAUUCUUUGCUAUAAAUUUAAAGUAUUUUUCUAACUUUUGCCAAAAAAAUAGUUACAUUCCAUGUGCAAUGGCCAUGAAAAAAGAAAAUAUACAAAAAUUAAAUUAUCGCAUCAAAGUGCUGGCUGGUAAUAAUGUAGUUUUAGUGGAAUGUGAUCAUUAUGAAUCGGAAAUUUUCAUGCCACAAAUUGUAAAUGGAAGGAUAACAUUUCUAAAUAUAAUACCCAAUCGUCGCUGCUGUCAAGUGACUAAAACAAAUGUUAUGAAUUUUGCCUCGAAAGAAAUGAAGGCGGCCAAUACCUAUCUAAAGGAGCAAAAUGUGGUUAAUAAUAAAAAACUAAAUAGAUUUUCAGCCGGGGAUGCAGAAUUUACUCCUAUGAUAGCACCUUUAGCCAAUAGUACACCAGCAAAUGUAAAAAAGCGCAGCAGUUGUGGUAGCCUAGCAGAGCAACAUUCACCUUAUCCAAAUUCCUGUGGUAACUCAAUAGAUGCUAGUUUGCCUACACCAGAAGUUUGCCGAAGAGCUGCUCCCGCUCCUACUAGAUUAUUAGAAAGAUCUAUGCUUAAUCUACCGCCAGGCGUUAAAGUGGCUCGCAUUUAUCACAAUUCUGUAGAGGGUACACCAAAAAAAGUUGGUCGCUUAGUAACGCCCAGCAAACACACAAGUGUCAGACAAAACUCUGCUAAUGUGUCCAUAUUAAAUGGCAGUUUUAGGCUGCCUUGUUCCCCAGCUCCCUCAAAUUACAGCAGUUAUAGCAAAUCUACAGCAAGAACAGUUUCAUCAUCAACUGCUUUAGAUUCUAUAGCGAAAUGGCAAAAAGUUUUAACACCCGUACGCACUUAUACUAGAAAAUCUAAGAAUCCGGUUAUGAUAAAACGUCCUGUCACUGUGGAAAGUGCUAAAAAGUCCUUAAAACCUCUACGCAUUACACCCACUUAUCUAGUGAAUCCCACCCAAGGACCUAAUGUAACACAAGAAAUUGAAAUAAAGAAACGUAAAUUAAUUGUUGAUAGUAAAAUAUCCAUAUCACCUAAAACGUUUAAGAAACAACAAACAGAACCAUUGGAAACAUAUAAACCGAAUAGUACAAAUAUUUUACAAACAAAUUCUUUAGGUAUUCACAAACCCCGACCCUUAAGGGAAACAAUGGCAUUGAGUGCUUUUGAUCUGUUAACCAAUUCUAAUCAUCAACGCUGUAUGUCUGCCAAAUUAAAUGAACAAUUUCGUAGAGGUUGUGUUAAUAAGGCAUCCUCAACAUAUAGCAAAUAUAAAGUAUUGUCCACUGUGCCGUCUUUGCAACAGGAUGAACAGGUUUUAGAAUUAACUCGUAUUUCUUUGUCGUCAACGGAGUCUCGCCAGCUCAAAAUGUAAUAAAAUAAAAGAGUAAAUUUCGCAGGAACAAAUUUUUAAGUCCAUCAACUAAUUUUGAAAUGCCUGUACAUUAGUAUGACAUUAGUUUAACGUUUAAAUUUUUGAUUCUAUAUAAUAUUUUAGGAAAAAAAUUUGUUUUUUAGAAAAUUUUCUAGAUUCACUUAUAUUUGUCUAAUAUUUGUUAGAAAUUGUGGAGAAUCGAAAUAAUUUUGAAAAGCUGGAAUAUGAUUAACUUUCCUUUAGUCCCAUUCUGAAAAUUUGAAACUAGUUGUUUUAGAACUAAAUUUGUUCCUGGGUAAUCGUGUUUAUAUUUGUAAAAAAUUAGUAAAUAAGUUUGAAAAUUUAUUUUAUAAAUAAAUAUAAGUAAAAUUUUAAUAAAAUUGUUUAAUUAUUGUUAAAGUUAAUACUUAUUGAAA